AAGAAUCUCUCAACCCAACUACCACAAGGCUUUGAAUAAUCUGACAAAUGGAUAACAGAAACUUGGAAAACUGUCCAGAACACGAAACUGGACUCUUGACUUUUCUGGUUCUUCUUCCUUCACUCUGGCAAUCGUCGUAUAAUCUAUAAAUCAAGUUUCUUUCAGGAGGGGUGUUCAUAAAAUUAGCGACAACUUAUUUGUUUGGAAGCCAUGGGCAUGGGAGUAGCAGCUGCAGAUAAUCAUGAUGAGACUCAGGUUCCACUGUUGCAAACUCAGCCAGCAGAGCCUCCUUUCAAGAGAACCGGAAAUGUGUGGACGGCAGUAGCACAUAUAAUAACAGGGGUGAUAGGAUCGGGAGUGCUGUCUCUGGCAUGGAGCAUGGCACAGCUAGGGUGGAUUGCAGGUCCAUUGGCCAUGCUCUUCUUUGCUUCAAUCACCCUUCUUUCCACAUUCCUUCUUUCCGACUCCUAUCGAUCCCCUGACCCUGAAUAUGGCCCCGCCAGAAAUCGCUCCUACCUUGAAGCUGUCUACAUGAAUUUAGGGAAAAGAAAUGCAUGGGUGUGUGCCCUCUUUGUACAGAUAAGCUUGUUCGGGACAGGCAUUGCCUAUACAAUCACGUCCGGUAUCAGUAUGAGAGCAGUCGAGAAAUCAAACUGUUACCACAAGGAAGGCCACGGGGCUGCAUGUGAUUUUGGAGAUACCUCUUAUAUGUUACUCUUCGGAGCUGUCCAAAUUGUACUAUCUCAGAUACCCAACUUCCACAAUCUACAAUGGCUAUCAAUUCUUGCUGCAUUCAUGUCCUUCACCUAUUCUUCCAUUGGAUUGGGACUCGGCCUUUCAAAAGUUGUAGGUGAUGGAUAUGUUAAGGGCAGCAUAGGAGGAAUCUCAAGUUCUAGUGCAGCAGAGAAAGUAUGGUUGGUAUCUCAAGCGCUUGGAGAUAUUGCCUUUGCCUAUCCAUACUCUCUCAUUCUUAUUGAGAUACAGGAUACUUUGAAGUCUCCCCCACCAGAAAACCAGACCAUGAAGAAAGCCUCGACAAUAGCAAUCACAGUAACAGCCUUCUUCUACCUCUGCUGUGGAGGCUUUGGAUAUGCAGCCUUUGGGGAUGCUACGCCAGGGAACCUCUUGACAGGGUUUGGAUUCUAUGAACCAUACUGGCUCAUUGACUUUGCUAACGCUUGCGUCGUGCUUCAUCUAGUUGGAGGAUAUCAGGUUUUCAGUCAGACACUGUUUGCAAAUGUUGAGAAAUGGUUUGGGGAGAAGUUCCCAGGCAGCCGAUUUGUAAAUGAUAGUCACACUCUGAAACUCCCGGUGCUCCCAGAUAUUAGAUUAAACCUUCUCAGGCUGUGUUUCCGAAGUGUUUAUGUUGUGGCAACGACAGGAAUUGCGAUGAUCUUCCCCUACUUCAACCAGGUUUUGGGAGUGCAAGGAAGCUUGAUCUUUUGGCCUUUAUCUGUUUACUUUCCUGUGGAGAUGUACUUCAAGCAGAGGAACAUUCAAGCUUGGACAACAAAGUGGGUCAUGCUCCGAACUUUCAGCAUCUUUUGCUUACUCCUCACAUUAUUCGCCUUGAUUGGCUCAAUUCAAGGACUUGUGAGUGCAAAACUGAGCUGAGAAACUGCAGUCUUGAAUUUGAUUUCAUGAGGAAUGAUCAUGCCCCAAAUUGUGCAGAAACAAUUGCUAUUGGUUCAGAAAAAGUAUAGGAAAAAAGUUGUUUUUUUUUUCAAGUAUUGCUUAUGAUGUAGGCAUCUCUAAAUUUUAAUGGAGAAGCCUCCUAGUACAUGUCCCUGGCAUUGCAAAUUGCGGCUUUGUAAUAAAAAUGAAUUACAGGAACUUGUUCUUUGUUCAA